AUGUUACUCAGUGUGCCGUGCGAUCAGGCGCGCACCGCUCGUGUCGGGAGUGACAGUGAUAGUGACAGUGAGUUGAGAGUUACUCGUAUACUUACAUCUGUACCUGCAUGAAGUAUUUCUUCCAUCGAACUAUUAAACUUAAGAAGGAGCUAUAAGCGAAGAUUAGAAAUGAAGGUGUGUUGGUGGCUGCUGGUGCUAGCGCUGGGCCUGACCCGAGGCGACACAGACUGGAGCAGUAACUGCCCCAGCAUCUGCAAGUGCAAGUGGAACUCGGGCAAGAAAGUGGCGGAAUGUACAAGUCAAGGACUGUCCACGGUCCCGGACCGUCUCAGCCCCGAGGUGCAGUCGAUAGACUUGUCGGGCAACACACUGCACUCUCUGCCCAGCGAGGCCUUCAGGGCCGUGGGUCUGGUAAACCUGCACAAGAUAUACCUCCGCGAGUGCGGCAUCGUGGAACUGCACAAGGACGCUUUCAAAGGUCUCGAGAUCCUGAUAGAACUGGACAUCUCGAACAACAGGAUACACAGUCUCCACCCGGGAACGUUCCGGGACAACGUGCGUCUCAGGAUACUGAUGAUGCACCACAACCCCAUCACCAAGCUGGAGGACGGUCUGUUCACCAACAUGACGUACCUGCAGACGAUAGACGUCACCAACUGCCACCUCUCCCACAUCGGCCACAAGACUUUCGUCAACGUACCGGUGCUGCACAACCUGCUGUUGGCGGACAACGGUCUGGUCCAUAUGAAGGUGGCGGUGGUCGAACCCCUGACGCGGCUCGUAAGUCUCGACCUCCGCAACAACCCCUGGCGCUGCGACUGCCACCUCAAGGCUUUCCGCGACUGGACCAUGGAGAAGAACCUCUACGCGGACCCGACCACGUGUGCCGAACCCUCCUACCUUGCCAACCAGAAGUGGUCCGAGAUCGAACCCUCCAAGUUCGCUUGCAAACCGCAGAUCAUCUACCCGCCACCGGACAAGACCACGACGGUCGAGGCCCUCGGGGAAGAAGUGACGUUGAGCUGCAAGGUGGCAGGCAACCCUCAGCCUGAGGUCUACUGGGUUGUCAACUCCAGGAUCAUCUCCAACAGUACCAGAUCUAGUUAUGGAGAUUCGAGGUACACUGUUCGCGAAGGCGGCGGCUGGGUUAACUUGACUCUCGGCAGAGUUCGAGUCCAGGACCGUGGAGAACUGACCUGCGUGGCUAAGAGUCCAGGGGGUGUGGACGAGCGCAAUGUCACCCUACUCGUCCCUCCAGGCUCCGGACAUCCCCACUCCUCCAGAGGUGGAGAGAACUGGCCACUGAUCCUGGGACUGAUCACGGGUCUGAUCGCACUGCUGGUCGUGGUGCUGGUGCUGUGUUGCUGCCUCUGCCGCAGGAGUCGCCGCCGCCCUCCACCCAAGAAGAUGCCCGACGCCCCGAACGGCGAUCUCGCACACCCAGAGAAGAGCCUGCUCACGGUGGUAAAUCCUGUGCAGAAGCCACCGCGUCGCUACGAGGACAGACCGGCUGAACUGGCCGAGGUCAACCGAAACCUGCUGGACGACACGGGUACCAGUGUUGGGGGUGACUUCGAGGACAGGUCCACUGAGUCCGCAGCCACAACUCCCUGCGUGGAACCUCCCCACUACCCUCCCGACUUGUUGGCCUUUCCUCGAGGCAUGAGCAGUCCGCCACACCUCUCUUCACCCACCCACGGCACAUUGCCAUACUCCAGGUCUCAGUCACCGUUCUCACCCACACGUCCCGGGUAUGUAACCAUACCCAGGAGGCCCAGGGUGCCCAGCUGGUCCAGUGCUCCCACCCCGACACUACUGGAAGAUCCCCUGGGACUACUUAAGUUGGAGCCGGUGUACGACAACCUGGGUCCUCGCACCACGGCAGAUGGCAGCUCUGUGUUGAGUCUUAACAAGAGUGUGGCAGAGCCUCAAGCCAGGCCUCGACCUCAGGUCCCACCUCAACACUGCAGUACUCUGCCCACCCCGCGCAAGGUGCCCCGCCAGGCCCCCGAGGGUGCCCCGCUCCCACGCACAGUGUCUGCUGAGGGUCCGCUCUCACCUACUAGGCCCAAGGUGCCGCCCAAACCUCCGCCAAAGCCCAAGAAAAACGGACCCCUGUACGAGGACGAGGGAGAAGAUGGCACAGAAGUCUGAGGUCUGGUGUUUCCUCGUCUGGGUAGCUGGCAGAUAGCAGCUGUGUUCCUGGCCUGAGGGGUGGCACUGUGCCGGGGGUGUGAAUAGUUACGACAGGGUACAAGAAACAUGACAUUUGUGUUAGGAUUACGGCAGCUAAUUAUUCCGGAAGUCUCAUCAACCUUAUGGCGUCGUAAGAUUUCCGUGAUGUAGUCGAGUAUGAAACUUUUACUGCAUCGGUAGCUAGACCUUUCCCGUGCACUAUGAGGUGGUUCAUCGGAAAGCAGCUCACCUACUUUUAGUGCAGACAAACGAAUAGCAAAAUAGUGUAAAAUAUUCUCUACUGAAAUGAUCUAUUUGAUGACAACAAAUACUUGUGUUGUUUCUGAGAACCAUGACUUUUCAAUCAGUAUUAACUGGGUGCAUGUUUCAAGGUUCUUCUUCAGAGUAUAGAAUGCAGUUGGGAAAUUGUUUUCAGAUUAUCUGCUCCAAGUUUGUUUACUUUGUAAAUAGUUCCCCUCAGAGAUAAAGAUCUCACUCAGACAAAUGUACCAACUGCAUUUCUUACUUGGAAUAACCUUUGUGUGAGCUGCUUGUAAAUGAACCAUUUAAAUUGAUAUUAUAUAAUUUCUAAUUCCUUCAGAAGUUAAAAACUGUGUUUUUCAACUUUCUAAUAUUUAUCUUUAGAUUCGUUUAAAUUUCUAGGUGCUUUGAAGUUUUAAUUAAACCGUUAGUAAACAGUAAAAUAAGUAGUAAAACUUGACGAACAAGCAUUGAGUUUUAAUUUACUUGUUAGGUGUAUGUUGGUUGAUACCAGUUAGAAAAUUUAUCACGGUGCCUCUGUUUGGUGACAAAAUCUACUUUUAGAUUUGGAGUUAGAUAAUAUAUGUAUGUUGUAGCAUAAAAUGACAUAGUUUUUAAUUUUCUUCUCGUAUUAAAGUGUUAGUUUCACCAUUUUUGCAUAAGUGAUUCAAAAAAUUGCCAAUGAUUUUCACUUGCUGGGUGCUAGCUUAAAACGAAACAGAGUAUGAUGAGCUACAUUAUAAAACAAUGUGGCUUGCUAGAAAAAAACCACAUUUAUUCCAAAGCAUGUAUGUCCUUUAACAUCACUAAAAUAUUUUAUUUUGUAAAAUCUGAUCAAAGAUUUCUGAAUAACUCAAAAAUAAGAGUCGAAAAGAGAGAGUGGUUUGUUGUUGUUAAACUAUUAAGUUUAAUGAAAUUGUUUAGCCCUUUUUCAUUUCCAAAUACCGUACACGGUAUUAAAUCAAAACGUUUUAAAUACAACUACUGAGUAAAUAUAAAAAAACAACUCUAUCUUCUAUACUACAAUUUCUCUUGAAUGUUACUACGACUCGUAAUAAAAACAUAAGUGCAGUGUAAAUGUAACUUCCAUUCUGAAUCAAACUAGCGAAGUUGAAUGAAACAUGAAAUAUAUUAGAAGUGGGAGCUGGGGUUAGUCCCUUUGAUUGAUGUAUUGAUUGUUAUGGAACAUUAUAAAUAAAUGAGGUUAAUACAACAUAAUGCAGAUGGUAAUGUUGGGGUUGAUCUCUUUCAAUUUACAUGACGCUACGUAAUUGAUCAACAACGAUUUGUUGCUGUAAGUCAGUAUAAAAAUUCAGUUCCAUGCGAACAAUUACAGUACUAUAUAUGUUUUCACAACAUUUAAUUCAGGUAGAUUUGGCUGAUCCUAAAAAAUGGACAGGCUAUUGUUGUUGUUGUUUGUGUAAUGGUAGCAAUUUUAAUUACAGUCAAACUCCAUAAAAUUAGGAACACAUCAGUAAUUCUGUGAUGAUCAAAUAUAGCACAAGUACAAUCCGUGGUUCACAAUAAUAUGAAUUAAUUCUAGAAUCAUCAGUUUUAAAGAGAUUUUAUGUCUCUGUAAUACUAAACUUAAUAUGAAGGCAUUGCACAGAAAUUUGAUCUUUUUGUUCUUAGGCUUACGCGGCGUGUCAUAAUUAACACGAAAGUCUUCCGGUUCACACCGGGUCAAAACAUUGCUUACGCGAUCUAAUACUCAAAAUAUUUUGGCCUCGUUGUCGUAAGCCAUGAUCAGUCAACAGAUAUUGAACCGAAACACACUCGCCUCUGAAAUAUUUUAAGAAUGUGAUUAUUGUGUAAGCAAUGUUUCGACGUGGUGUGAACUAAGAAGACUUUAGUAUUUGAUUUUUGACCUAGACAGGACAUUUUUAAAUCCGUGUUGUAUGUCUAUCUGUUUGUACGAUAAUACUUGAUAAAAAGGUCUGAAAAACUUGGUACUUAGGUUUCACAUGGUCUAAACAAGAACCUUAUUGAUUUUGGGAUCAAAAGGUCAAAAUCAAAGGUAAAAAUAAAACUAAAAAUUUUUAUAUUAGUCUCAUGAAUAGCCAUAAUUGCACCAGAAAAUGCAAAUAAAAUAAAAUUGAUAUUAAAAACCAAGUGCAAUCAUAUGAGUUGUAUCAUGUGACGCAGUUACUUUGUUGGAUUGUUUGGGCUUGUUACAUUCUUCGAUACUCCGUUGUUUGGUACGUUAAUAAAUUGUUCAUUAUUAAAUUACUUAAAAACUGAACAAGGAAUCAAACCAGUAAAACUUACCCUGCAAAUUCCAUAAUCUUGUAAAAUAAAUUUGAAAAACUGCUGUUGCUAUUUGUUUUUAUCUGAUAUGAUUGACUCUUUAGUACAUUUGAUUUUUAUUUUACUCUAGCUUAAGUUGGUACACUGGUUAGCUAUUGGAUGCUCAUCUGAGGCUUCGCUUUAACAUGGAGCUAAAGUUUAAAAAUGCCUAAUAAAUAGGAAUUUGUCUCAAAUCCUUAAAUUUUCUAUUUUAGACAUGUUUAUAAAUUAUUUUCAAUAUAGAGUUUCUUAUUGGAAAAUCUAUACUAAAUAUAAAUUACAAACAGUAUUAACAAAUGACCGUAGUUUUUACAAUUCAUGAUAAUGGAGAUACAAAAUCUCACUUUCUACAUUGAAGAAUUUUGGAUUUGACACGAACUUUAGCCCCAUGUUAAAAAGCAGAGCCUCAGAUGCGUGGUUGACAGCUAACUAAACUACCUUUCCCUCUUAAGCUUAAUCAGUGGGUUGUACAACCAAUAGUAAUUCACAACAACAAUUGUUGUUGUCAUGGUAGUUAUUUUUCUAUCAAGGGAAGAAAGUGUAAUUUUACAUUAUAUGCGAUUUCUCUUUACCCUACGAACAAUUUAUGUGACUAAACUUUACAUUUAUGUCUGUAAUCUGAACCACUAUAAUUUUAGAUAACACUAAUUUACGUCUCCUCAGUAGCUAAAGAAUAUUUUUUUGGUGCUUGUGUAAUUAUAAUGGCUGUUUUACUUUAUCCACAGGGAGACAAAAUUACUUCGCUAUGGAGUAAUUAAACCUAUUUAUUUAAGUUUUUUAAUUACCUAAAUUUAAUUAUAGUUCGAUUUAAACCCUUGCUCUAAAUGUGCUCCUGUAUUUAUUAAUUGGUAAUCUCAUACUUGCCAUUAUAUUUAAAUAAUCUAGGAGUCUACGGAUAAAUACAGCAUUUUAAGUGUGUAAUACAGUAAAAGAUUGUGUGCGUUAAUCUGUAAGGUAUCUGUAAAUGUUGUGUAGAGGCUUAGGUGCAAUUGUGGAUAUGUUUAAUUUAUAUACAGGCACAGUGUAAUAGAAUACAGAGUUGAUGAGACUUCCUCUCUGGCAUGUAAAACUGUACAGAAGUAUCGCUUCAGAUAAAUAUGUGUAUUUUAUAAGUUAACAAAAUGAACAAGUUUCCAUUAUUUUUUAUAUACGCUUCCAAAAUGGAACUUUCAGUGCCUUCUUAAUGAAUUGUACAUAAAAGAUGUAAAUACAUAAUUUUAUAUUGUAAAUAACGAGUCUCAUAGUUAUGUUUAUUUUUGUGAAGUCGUUCCUUUUAUGUUAAGACUGAUAUUGUUUUGGUUUAUGUGGGACCACACCUCUGUUACUCGUUUGGACUUGAGAGCAAAAUAAUCGUGUUAAUUUGUGUAAAUAGGAUUUUAUCGUAUGUAUUAUACUUGUCUCUGUUGGCAACGAUUGUCAGUUUACUGUAAAAUCGUAUGUAAAUAAGGAUUAUAUCACAGUUAUCCUGCUAAUAAGUCAAUAUUUAUAUACAUUAGGAAUCUUCUUUUUCAUGUUUAUUCCAUUUUGAAACAUAAAGUACCUUAUUUGUGUCGACCGAACGCAAAUUGUGAAACAUUCAUCAGAUAAUAAAAGCUUUUUGAUUGCCAAACA